UCUUGGCGGCGGAGCGAUGAGCGGGUCGAACUCCAAGGCUGCGGCCGCGGGCUCGGCGGCGGGCCCCGGGGGGCUGGUGGCUGGCAAGGAGGAGAAGAAGAAGGCGGGCGGCGGCGUCCUGAACCGGCUCAAGGCGCGGCGGCAGGCGCCUCACCACGCGGCCGACGCCGGCCUCGGGGCGGCGGUCACGGAGCAGGAGCUGCUGGCUCUGGAGGCCAUCCGGCCCGAGCACGUCCUGCGCCUCAGCCGGGUCACCGAGAAUUAUUUAUGUAAACCUGAAGACAACGUCUACAGUAUUGAUUUCACCCGCUUCAAAAUUAGAGAUUUGGAGACAGGGACAGUGCUUUUUGAGAUUGCCAAACCUUGUGUUUCAGACCAAGAGGAGGAGGAGGAGGAGGAGGAAGGUGGAGAUGUGGAUAUCAGUGCAGGACGUUUCGUCCGCUAUCAGUUCACACCAGCAUUUCUUCGUCUCCGGACAGUUGGGGCCACAGUGGAGUUCACAGUGGGAGACAAACCUGUGUCAAACUUCCGGAUGAUCGAACGGCACUAUUUCCGGGAACGCUUGCUGAAAAACUUUGACUUCGAUUUCGGCUUCUGUAUCCCCAGCAGUAGGAACACCUGUGAACAUAUCUAUGAAUUUCCCCAGCUUUCUGAGGAUGUCAUUCGUUUGAUGAUUGAAAAUCCCUAUGAGACCCGUUCUGACAGCUUCUACUUUGUUGACGACAAGCUGAUAAUGCACAACAAGGCUGAUUAUGCCUAUAACGGAGGCCAGUAACUGCUGCAGGAGUGGACAAGGGAGGUACUUUGCUGCGGCCCAAGGUCCUGGCACACGGAGGUGGUUGAAGCUGCUGUUUGUCCACGCUUGUCUGGAACACGGCCCAGGAAGCCAAGGCUGGGGUGGCAGUUCCCUGUGCUCCAGGAGAGGUGCCAACAGUACUGUGUUUGCUUCCCCAGUAUUUUUUCUUCCCUUUUUUGCCUUGCCCCUUAGGUUGCAGAGGUACUAUAUAAAGUCAAAGAUUAGGAUAAGGCUCCUGGAAUCCAGAUAAAAAAAGUUUAUUUUCAUGUAGUCAUAGCUGCCUGCUGAUUGUCCUGACUAACCAGGGUCUCUCCAGGCAUAGCUGUGCCCGGGUAGGGAGGCUCUGGUCGGCCUACCUGCAGGUUAGCAGCACUUCUGUAGGUUCCUGGGUGCUGUGGUAAGCUGAAAGGUAGGCCUCUUCCAGGCAUCUCUUCUCACUUCUGGUGUUGUCAUCAGCACAGUCUGACCUCACCCUGUGCAUAGUCCUAAACCAACUGGAAAGAAACUUGAAGGAGAGGGGAACGGAGGGUUGGUGCCAAGAGUUGAGGCACUAGGGAUGGGUAAGGCUGCCAAAUGGAAAGAUCCAGUUUCUGGAGAGGCUUGCUUAUUUGUCUGACUUCCAGGAUCCUCACCCAGUCCUCCUGGGGACACACCAAGGUUUUAGCCUAGCAGUACCUUCCUGUUCUCAUUUUGGAAGGAAGAUGAGCUUGCUCUGAUUCUCCUAGCUCCUGGCUAUUGAGUAUCUCCUGAAAUAGAAUGCGUCAGUUUUGCUCUUGGGACAAUAGUAUAUCUUGAGGCCAGAGCAGGCCUCAUUGUAUUUUGGUUUUUUUAUUUCUAGGCUUCUUUUUGGGAAGUUUCGUAAAAUGUCAGUGGUGUUCCCAACGUAUGUGAUGUGCAGUUGGACUUCUGAUAGUGUUAAUCAGGCUCCUGGGGCUAAUCUGGCUCGUGUUGGAGCAGGGUAUGGUUACAAACCUGAGCUCCUUUAAAGGAGAGGUUUGGUUUUCUCUACACAGCAUAGCCGGGAGGAUUGGCUUUUGAUGGGGAUUUGCCUCUGAAACUCUUUGUAGAUUGCUUAUUUAGGAGGAUUUUCAGUAGUUUCUGGAACCAUCUGACAGGGCAGACCUAAGUAACAUGUAUUCUCAUCCUUCAAACUGCUAGUUGGAGUUGUGCUGGGUGUUUGGAAAGGGUGAGACAGGCUGCAGUAGCCUGUCAGAGAGAUGUGUUCUCAAAAGAGCAUGCUCGCACAGCCUGUGGGCUACUUUUGUCCUUGGGCCCUUACUGCAUGGACUCUUGCUGUCUCAGCUGCCUAUGGUUGUCUGACUGUGUGGGUGGCUCCAGGUGCUCAGCCCAAACUCUGUAAGAUCGUUGCUGUGGCUGGGAUUUAGCACUGUUAGAAAAGGAGCAGUAGGAAGGGCCCAGGUAUGUGGUAAUAGUCACUGUGAGGCGCCAAGUAACUGUGACAGGAGAGCUGUCUCCCAGGGUGCUUGGGAGGAUGGCCGUGUGGAGCCAGGGAAAGAAGGGCCAGCACUUUGCUGCAGAAGCCCCUGUGCAUUCACUGACCAGUGUUGCUCUCUGUCUGGAUUCUAGGGCGUGAGUGGCCUUGAACCUUGGCCCAGUGCUUUGUGCCAGGCCAGAAUCGGGGUUGUGUCAGAUGCUGGCAGCUUUCUCACUGAGAAAGCCCUAGGUUACACCAGUGUGCUGGCACUGGAUCCAGCCACUGAGGGAGGGAAGAGACUGUGCACCCUGCAGAAUGGGUUACUCCUCACCAGACUGGGUGAAUCUCAGAACUGGAGUCAACGACAAAUCCAGGUGCCUUAAGUGUGGCUCUGUCCCAUAUGCUGCUGGGGAAAGCUGCAUUACCCUCGUUCCCUCCUUGUCUGCGGAUGGACAUCAGCAUUGCCUCCUUACCCUCUUGUUUCUCAUUGCGGCUCCUCUAACACGUUUGUGUGUUCCUAUCAGGCUUUAGAAUAACCCCUUCUCUGUGACAGAAGCCCCAUUGGGAGAGUGUCUACUAUUUGAUAUUUAAUUAUUAUCUAGGAUGUGCUUUCUGGAGCUGCCCAGAGCUCUGCUCAAUAGAAUGUGUCUUAGAAAUGUGUCCCAGGGCAGACCAUGUCUUGUAGACUAGUGGUUUCUCAUCUGCAGUGUUAGCCUUUGCUAGGAGGAGGACCAGGAGGGUGGAGGGGGCAGGCACUCUGGCUUGAAUAGUGCUGUUUCCUCUUCCCAAUUAGCUUGCCUUAGUCUCACUGGAGACCAUUUUGAGGCUCCGUGCUCCAUCUGUGCUCAGCAGGGCAGGGAUUUGUCGUAUUCUGUGUCUGAAGGUCUGGUGUUCUGUAUCUGGGACUUGGGAUUCUUGUGUCUAGCUACUCAGGAAAUCUUGAGAAGCAUUUACCACUCUGGGUGUUAACCAGGGUGAGUUUGAAAUUCAAGCUUUUGUACCUGAAUUGGGUAGAGAAUUGGAAAUCAUACUUCCUCUGAAAGGAGCUGAACCAAUCAGAAGUUGAAUCAGGAGGCCAUGUUGUUAAGGAAUCUGGACUGUUGAGAGCCCUUAUCUUGUGGGUGAUACAAUGGAAGUAAAAAAACUACUUGUAUGGGGGGAGACCAUGCCUCUGUUCAGAGCUGGCAUCUGAGAGGCAGCUCCUGGAGGGAACACAUUCCAGCAGACUGGCAGGCCCACCUGGUGCCACGGAGCCUGCUGACUGCACCCCUUCCUCUCCUGUCUUACUCCUGUCCCUCUGCCUUGGAAUCUCUUGGGGAGAGCCUGUUUUUUCCUGUGAAGCCUUUGGUCUAAGAUGCCCUUCUAGCUUCUCCAAAGAAGAUCCUGGUUUAUUUCAGUCUAUAUUCUAAAGAAUCAACCUAGGAAAUAAAACUAAAAGUAGUUCAGGGCUUAUUGGGCUGUCCUCUCAUUAUGUGUUAGCUCAGAGCUAUUUGCAGAGAAACCAGUUUUCAAGGGUAUGUAGGACUUCCUGAAGACACCUACAGUCUUUGGGCCAUCUGAUUCCCAGAUAGAGCAGUGAUUUGGAGAUGUUGGGGCUGAGCAUAGACUGGAGAUUCUUUUUUUUUUUUUUUUGUGAGGAAGAUUGGCCCUGAGCUAACAUCUGCCAAUCCUCCUCUUUUUUGCUGAGGAAGACUGGCCCUGGGCUAACAUCCAUGCCCAUCUUCCUCCACUUUAUAUGGGACGCCGCCACAGCAUGGCUUGCCCAGCGGUGCGUCGGUGCACGCCUGGGAUCCGAACCGGCGAACCCCAGGCCGCCACAGCGGAGUGCGCAUACUUAACUGCUUGUGCCACCGGGCCGGCCCCUGGAGAUUCUUGAAAUGGCAGUGACUGGGGAAUCUUCAACUUAUUUUUUCAGUUGAAGUGGAACUCCUUUCUGGAAGAGAUUUAAGAGGCUGUGUCUAAUGUACGAAUUGGAUGAGUCUUGCCUUAGUGUGUACUGCUACUCCUCUUAGGCUCCCUGGGUACUCUUUUUUCUCUGUAAAGUCACUUUCUUCUGGUAGCCAUUGUCACCAUGACCUCAGUGAUGCUUGGAGAAUGGGGACAAUCUAGUGUUCUAAAAAUCACAGCAUAGACUUCUAGCCAGUGUACGAGGAUUCCUGAUGCAGAGGGUGCUACUGUCCCCAGGGUAGGAGCCUAUUGUUAAAUCAUCGCAUUACUCACAUUCCAUGUUACAGAACAUCUUAGCCGCAAGAAAGAUCUGGUGGAGGUGAAUCCCUAGUUUUACAGAGGAUCAUGUAAAGUCAUUGAAGUUGUGAAAGUCUAUUUUUUUCCCCUAUAAAUCUAUUUUUCACAGAAUAUAAGAAACAUCAAUGACUUGAUCUCGCCUUCCUCUUCUUUCCCCUUCACCUAAGAUCCAUUGCAAUUUGUAUUGUCUUUGUGUCUAAAGUAAACUAGGUGACUUAUUUGUAUAAAAUGUUAUUUUGCCACAAGAGACAGUAAUAAAAGAAAGAUUUUCACAGUA